GUAACACAAAUGGCGCUUUUUGCGAACAAGAUGCAGAGCCUACGCACAUCUUUCAUCCGACGUCCACGUCGUCCGCACCGUUGUCUGAAGCAUUCAUUUGCUUCCAGCCCUCCUCCUGCUCCAACAUGGCCGCCUCUCCAUCCCAGCAGUACGCCUACCGCGCCCAGAAAUCCCUCGGUCUUGUUGGCGGCACUCCAAACUAUGAGCCCAUCGACAGCUUCCAGGGACCAGAUGACCCCGCACGCACAUACAAAUACAGCCCCGAUGGCCGUCUUUUUGCAUAUGCUGUGCCCUCUGGCGUCCGCAUCCACCAGGCAGAGAGUGCACAGCUGCUGCAGGAGCUCUCACUCCCCAACAUCGUCGACAUCAGCUUUUCCCCGCGUGGUACCUACCUUUCGACCUGGGAGCGACCAGUCAAACUCGAAGAUGGCGCACAGCACAAGAAUCUAAGGGUCUUCUCCGUCUCGACUGGCGAAGAGCUCGUGGCGUUCACGCAGAAGUCGCAGGAGGGCUGGGAUUUGCAGUACACUAUCUCCGAGUCCCACGCAAUCAGGCUCUUGGGGCAGGAGAUCCAGGUCUUCCAUCCUGCAGAGUGGUCUAGCGGCGUUGUGGACAAGCUGAAGGUGGAGGGUGCGUCAAGUGUAGCAUUGAGCCCGGGCCUGAACCCAUCGGUGGCAGUGUUCAUUGCCGAGAGAAAUGGCGCUCCUGCCAGCGUCAAGAUCUACAGCCUCAUGGGCCUUAACGCCCCGCCGACGUGCCAGAAGACUUUUUUCAAGGCCGACAAGUCGCAGAUCAUAUGGAACACGCUCGGGACGCAGGUGCUCGUCCUGACACAGACUGAGGUCGACCAGGCGAACAAGAGUUACUACGGCGAGACCGGUGGGUUGUACUUAAUGAGUGCGGUAGGCAACUUCGACUGUCGUGUGACGCUCGACAAGGAGGGACCGGUUCAUGACAUCGCAUGGAGCCCGAAUUCGAAAGAGUUUGGUGUGAUCUACGGAUACAUGCCGGCCAAGGCAAUGUUGUUCGACCAGCGAGCACGCUCGCUGCAUGACUUCAACACCGCAUUCUGCAACUUCAUCUCAUUCAACCCGCAGGGUCGGUUGUUGGCCAUGGCCGGCUUUGGUAACCUCGCUGGGAGGGUUGACAUAUACGACCGUCGAACACUCAUUAAGGUGACUAGCAUCGAUGCGUCCAAUACUUCGCACUGCGAAUGGUCACCCGACGGGCGAUUCCUGCUCACUGCGACGCUUUCGCCGCGUCUACGCGUCGACAAUGGGAUCAGGAUCUGGCACUGCACGGGCCCACUCGUACACGUCCAUACAAUCGACGAGCUCUACCAGGCCUCGUGGCGGCCAACGCCGGUGGACGCCGUCCCGACCUUUCCACAAGUCAUCCCACCGGCGCCCGCGCCCGCAGCAAGCGUGCAAGCACACGCUGCGAUCGCCAAGCCAACUCCGACGAAGUCGGCGGGGACGUACCGCCCACCGGGCGCGCGAGGCCUGGAGGCGUCCUCUGCGUACAAACGAGAUGAGAGCUCUCCGAGCGCUUCGUCCACGCCCAAUGGCCGAUAUAGCCGCAGCCCUGCGCCAGGUCGCGUGAGCGCAAACGGCCGCAGGUAUGUCCCGGGCGCACCGACGUCGCCGUCGCCCGUGCCGUCCAACAACGUGGAUACGGAGAAACGGGGGCGCAAGCGGAAGGGCGGGAAGAAGGAGGUCAUGGAGAAGCUGGCCGUGGAGGGCGGGAGGAAGGAGGUCAUGGAGAAGCAAGCCGUGGACGGCGGCAAGGAGUUGAUCCUACCCUCUGUGAACAUACAGGUAAACGGUGUGCCCGAGACGCCAUUGAGUCCUACGAACGGCUCCGUACCACCUACGCCUGGUGCUGAUGGUGGCGGGUUGGAUUCAAUUGCGAAGAAGCUUCGCAACCUCAACAAAAAGGCAAUCGAGGAGCUCAAGGAGAAGGUAAAGAAGGGCGAGCGAUUGGAGGUCACACAGCUUAAGAAGAUCGAGACCGAGGCGGAUAUACGGAAAGAGCUGGCAGGUCUUGGUGUCACGUCGUAACCCUCGCCGCUUUUCCGUCCUCCCCUGCUAGGUUUUCUUUGUCUGUCUCCAUAGUAGUCUCAGCUGCACAUCCAUUGCUAUCUCGGACAUCGUCUUGCUGGAGGUUCUGAAUUACAUCCCCUCCUCA